AUGCCAACGUUCCAAUCCAAAACCUUCCGACGGGCAACCACUGCAUCCUCAUCACUCAGUGAGAGGCUUGGCGCAUUCUAUCGAGCGCGCUUAGUUCGCCAUCCAUUUCUACUUUUUGGCCUACCCUUCAUGACUGUCAUUGUCGCAGCGUCUUUUGCUUUGACACCUGCAACGGCCCUGCGGUAUGAGCGAUAUGACAGAAAAGUUCAACAAGUCAGCAAAGAAGAGGCCUUCAAUCUUGGCCUGAAAGGCCCGGAUGGCGAAGAGGGCAUCAAGCGGAACCCGCGUCGACGGGUCAUUGGCGAUGAGCGAGAGGAAUACUAUAGACUUAUGGCGAAAGACCUAGACGACUGGGAACAAAAGCGAGUGAAGAGAUUUGAAGGUGAACCAGAUGGAAGGCUUUAA